AUGGAAAGUGACUCAGCAGCUGGUGUCCGCGGCGACACAAGAUGGCCGGAGAUGGAGACCAUUUCGCAGAAUAUAGAUGUGGUGCCGGAAGCCACUCUGAAAAAGAUUGCCAAGGGGCCUUUGGUGGAAUUUACGCAUGAUUGCGACGACUUUGAGAAGGUGAACCGAGUAUGGCAAAGUCUUUUCAAAACCUUUUCUACAGCGUCUAUCUCCCAUGACCAUACAACGACCUCGUGUAACGCUUUGGGCUCAUUUUUAGAUGCUGCCACUGCAUCUAAACAUGAGGAGACCAGACAGCUUGUCUAUUCCCAUGGCACAUGGCUUGCCGUGUUCGAAGUCUACCUGGACCGAUUCGAGGACACUAAGCCCAAGCCCAUGAAGCAGGUCUUGACUUCUUUGGUCAAAGUCCUAACUAAGCAGCGCAGUCAGGAUGGUUCAAAACAAAUAUUGUCCAAGAUCGUCGAGGAGACAGUUCCCAGCAUCAUACUUGGGGAGCCUCGUUCGCGGCGGAAGCCGUCUUUCGUCUCGCUGGAGAUCUUUAUUCGCAAGAAUGCCAUUACACCGGCCGAACUGAUCUGCAGAGUUCAAGAUUGGCUUUUGAAGAAUCACGAUAGAUGGAUACUAGUUCUCCAAGAUGAUUGCAAAGCCCUAUCGAUAGAUAUCCCUCGGUUCAUAGGUCAGAGCUCCAAUGACUUCUGGUUUAGAGCUACGGCAGCCAAGAUCUUUGUUCUGGGCUUCCUAUCACAAGCGAAAAAUGCAGACUUUGCUUCAUCUGCCGGAGCCACGCUUGCAGCCCUUUUCCAGAAACUGAAAGCGGCUCCAGACACCCGAUACUUCUCUCCAGAGGAGACGGAAGACCUGAUGUCAUCCUGGGUUCCUCCAGUCAAACACGUUAUGCUGCAGAAUCUGGAUGGCCUAGAGUUUAUGUCAAAUCAGAUUCUUUAUCCUUUGUCUAGCAUUGACUCUAAUGGAUUCCGUUGCUUUAUGGACAAUUUGCCAUACAAAAGCCUUGUCGCUGGCGACAUGACCGAUGGCUCCUCAGAAGAGUUUAUGCUUCUCUUUACGGCAUUGCAAGGGGCGAAAAAAAUCGGACUCGUUCAUGAAGAUAGAUAUUACUCCAAGUCCGCUUCAUCUAAACAGCCAAAAGACCAACCCCUCGUUGUGAAGAGUGAAGUAAUUGGUCAAUGUCUCCUUCAUCGAGAGCCCAGUAUCAGAAUAGCAGCUCUUUCAUUGCUAAUCACAGCGCCAACUAUAACCAAGCCUGUUACUUCGGCUGCGAUGCGGUCCCUUCUCAAAGGCCUACCUGCAAUGCACGCCGAUCCGGACCCAUAUCUGCGAGGGGAGAUUCUCAGCUUGACGCGCAGGCUAAUCCUUCGUCUUAAGGGUGGUAUCAUAAGAGACCAAGAGGAACAGACUGAGGGCACGACGUCUGCAACGCAGAAGAAGCAGCCAACAUUUGCAACAAGCGAUUCCGAGACCCGGGAAUGCGUGACAGCUUACAUCAAUUUCUUAAAGUCUGACUUGCAACCUACGGCUUCAUAUCCUCGUCAUAUCACUUCGCUAAAAGCAUUGAAACUUGUCCUGGAGGCUGGUUUGGAUCUGCGGGUUCAUGGUGCUCCUCCACAUAAGACAGACGGAAAUGAGGUCAAAUGGAAGUUUAACAUGGAGAUAUUUGACGUCAAUCUCCUCAGAUUGUUAGUCGACCUCCUGCUUGACCCAUUCGAAGAAGUGAGAGCAACAGCGCUUACUCUUAUAAACCUGUUUCCUCGGGACGUUCUUCUGAGUGGUCUGCGUCAAUCUGAGGAACCUAUUGAUACUGUACUUCAGCUCACAACAGCAUUGGAACGAGCUGAGAGGCUAGCAAGCAAUACCAGCAGAGCUGAUCAUGCAGACACUGUCGCUAGGUUGUAUCAUUUACUUUUCUGCGCAGCGGCUCCAGGUACCGUCACAUCUGAGUCAAUCUGGUGGGAGACCAAGGCUGGAGUUGCUGAUAUUAUCCUGAAAAAGUUGGAAGAGAAACUCUCAACUGCAGGAGGUCUCUUCAAUUCAUCGAUGCGUGAUGCGCCUCUCCAUGGCUAUGUCUCUGGACUCAGGUACAUUGUUUUGACUCCCAAUUUCUACUCCCUGAUAUCGGAUCAGUCGGGAACAAACUACCAGGGAUGGGAGUCCGUUCAUGCAAGGACAGUAUCGCUCUGUGACAAAAUCUGGAAUGAGGUUAAACCCGUGCUCUGCAUUGACUCUCCUGAGGGACAUACGGAUGAACCGACUGAAGAAUUGUCAGUUGGACCGAAGGAUAUUUUGUCCUACUCUUGGCGUGCUCUGCGGGAGUCUAGUCUUCUACUUUACGCAACUCUCUCAAACUCCAACUAUGGUCCCCAAGGAGAGCAAGGGCUCAAGAGAGCAGAUUACGAGAAGAUAGGAAGUGCCAGCUUCACUCAGCUUGCUGAACUUCGCCAUAGAGGUGCAUUCUCGACCGUGUCCCAAACCUUUGCCACUUGCUGUCAACGCUGUGGCCAGUCGAAGGACCCAGCUAUUUCCUCGCUACCUGAUGCGUGGUAUCAAGAAGCAAAUAAGAUCAUCUUUGAGACGGCAGCUAAGCUUACACGUCGUUCGGCCGGUCUCCCUGCACUGGUUACUGGAAUCCUCACCUCCAAGCCCGGCGGGCCGCUAUUCAAGCACGUUAUCGAUGACCUUCAUGAGAUUUCUCGCCUACCUGCCAAGCACAACACGAACAGUCAAGAAGUAGAGCUACCUCAGGUCCAUGCAAUGAAUUGCUUGAAGGACAUUUUCACCAACACCAAACUCGGUCCGCAUACAGUACCAUUCAUUAUGUCCGCUCUCAAUAUGUCGGCUGAGCGGCUGGGGUCACCAAUUUGGGCUCUCCGUAACUCUGGGCUGAUGCUCUUCCGUGCCCUGCUGACACGAAUGUGUCGACUUAUUACCGGAUCCAAUCUAGGAUUCGGCGGGGCCUCUGGAUCAGAACCCGGGGCUCGUAUCUCAUUCCAGAAAUACCCCGGAUUGACUCAACUUCUGUCGAGCCUCUUGGCAUCGUCAGGUACAAACCAGGACGGCGAUGAAGAUGCUGUUGUCACAGAAAGAGUCUUCCCUGCCCUUGAACUAAUCGGUGAAAAGGUUCCCACUUAUGCUGGCCCUGAUGAGAUGAUGCUGCGUCAGCUCGUCCGAGAGCAACUGAAGAGCCCUGUUUGGGGCAUUAGAGAGCAUGCAGCCCGUGUCUAUGCGUCUCUUUUGGACCGUUCUGAUAUCCUGGGCGAAAUUAGAGCACUUCUCUGUAUUGACCAGGAUGUUAAGACGCAGAACUUCGUUCAUGGAAAGGUGCUUUGCGUCAGAUUUUCUUUGCGGAGACUCACAUCGUCGUCUCACUUGGACUGGAACACACAAACGAACGAUGUGACUUCCAUCAUAAGAGAUGUAUUUGCAGCAUUAUUCCCUCUGGUCCGAUCGCCGUUCGUCGCUACAGCCUUCGUAGAGGUGUUGACAGACACUGCCGAAAAGAAUGUUGAGGUGGGAGUCGAAGAAAAAAUUGCGCCCUUCUUGGAUGAGAUGUUCAACACUUACGAUUUCCACGGCGUCCUAAAUUACGUGUUCGAUUCAUCCCAUCCUUCUUGGAAAGCACUAAAUGUCACCCGUGCUUCAUCUCUGCUUCGCAGGGUCUUCUCGUGGGCUGAAUUCCUCAGACUCUUUGCUUCGAGUAGAGUCGAGGAACUCACGUCCCUAUUCCAGGGAAUUUCUGCCUUUGAUUCAAACGCUGGUCGAUGGUUACUGGAAAGGAUACAGGAAGUCUUUGGUGAAAAGGAACAAUACAGAAGCACUCUCCUCAAUCUCUACGCGUCCGUUGUCCUAGGAGACUAUUCAGAAGAGGUCAAGGGAGAAGCGAUUCUGAGCCUAGCAUCAAUUCUGGAGGUCCUGCUCGACUUCCGCCAUGACAAUAUAAAGGGUGUUGAUUUGCCGUGGGAGGCAUUGAGCAAGCAAUUGGACUCCGAUGCAGAGAAACACACACGGAGCAGGGAUCUAGCCGAUGCAGAGUUACGCCUUCAGGGUAGCCUUCUUGCGGCAAGGAUCAAUUCGAGCCAGGGGCAGUCGUUGUCGGCGUAUGAGUUCGAUCUUCACCAGUGGGCGACGAAGCUUCGUUUCGCCAUGCAGGAGGAAACGGAAUUUACGACCAGAUAUGCAGCAGUGGUGUCUCUGAACACAUUUGCACGUGUUUUGCGCCCGCUUGGCAGUCCUCCUCGAGUGGACCACAUCUUCCUGGACGCCUAUCUCGUCUUGUAUGAUAUGCUGAAUGAUGACGACGAAGAACUGCGUGAUAUUGCGACUUCGACAGCAUCAUGGGUUCUGUCAUAUUCUUCCGUGUCUCUCUCAAGGGCUGUUGCUCUGUCUCCCUUGAACGCCGCCAAUCUGCUUGCGGAGUUCAUCGCACGCAACUACAGAGACUCCAAGCUCCUCUGCCAGAAGAUCAUCCGCUACAGCACUGGCCAAGAGCCCCGGAUCGGCGGAUCCAUUGUUAAAACAAAGCUCGUUCCUGUUUCUGAUACCAUUUCUGAGCACAGAAAGGAGAGUACAGUAUUGUUCGUAGAAGAGAAGCAAAACCUGUUCAUCGACGAAGUCCGCGAAGCCAAUGCCUGGCCCAAGAGGCUUUUAUGCCUUAACGAGGCGUCAUACGAGGAAGCUACAGUGAAGAAACUGUUCAAAUGGGUAUCUGACGGACUGGACUAUCUGGUCAAGAUCACCUCCGAUGAUGCUGGAAAAGACGGACUCCUAGGCUGGGCUUCGAAGCCUGAGAUCUUUACGUUGGGGAUGAGGGUAGUUAAUAUCGCUGCGGUUCUCAUCUCGAAGGAAUUCCCUGCUACUGCGUUGUUGGGCGAGGGUCAGAUUGUACUCGAGGGACAGCUGAAGUCGCUGCUCAGUAACGGAAAGGUCGCGUGUCUUCACCAUGACUGGAUUGUGGGGAUUGAGCGCGCGUUGGAGAUUUCAUGA